AUGAGUAAUUUUGCAAAGACAAAGCCACAUGCUGUAUUGAUUCCAUGUCCAGCUCAAGGCCAUAUCAAUGCAUUGUUGAAACUAGCAAAGCUUCUUCACCUUAGAGGCUUUCACAUAACGUUUGUCAACACUGAAUACAAUCACAAAGCCUUGCUCAAUUCAAGAGGUCCUGAUUCUCUUGAUGGUUUCACUGACUUUAACUUUGAGACCAUUCCAAAUGGUUUUACUGCAAUGGAAAGUGGUGAUCUUAUUCAAGACAUACACUCCUUUUUUCGAUCAAUCAUGACGGACUUCCUUCAACCCUUUGGUGAACUUCUUACUAGACUUGAUGCCUCUGCCACUGCUGGUCUUAUCCCUCCAGUUACUUGCAUAAUUUCUGAUUGUUACAUGCCAUUUACAGUAGAUGCUGCUGAAGAACGUGCACUCCCAAUCGUUCUCUUUUCUCCGGUCAGCGCAUGUUGCUCACUCACUACUUCUCACAUUCCUAAAUUGUUUCAGAAUGGUGUGCUGCCACUCAAAGAUGAGAGUUAUCUAAUAGAUGGAUAUUUCGACAUUGAAGUUGACUGGAUUCCAGGUUUGAAAAACUUCAGAUUGAAGGAUUUUCCUGAAACAAUAAAGAUAAAAGAUCCUAAUGACUUUAUGUUAAAAUAUACAAAUGAAGUGACAAAUAAAUGUCAAAGAGCUUCUGCUAUUGUUUUGAAUACUUCUAAUGAACUUGAAAGUGAUGUUAUGAAUGAACUCUAUUCUAUAUUCCCUUCUCUAUACGCCAUUGGUCCACUUUCUUCUUUUUUAAAUCAAAGUCCACAAAAUCAUCUAGCAUCUUUAAAUUUCAAUCUUUGGAAAGAAGAUACUAAAUGUCUUGAGUGGCUUGAAUCAAAAGAACCAGGAUCUGUUGUCUAUGUAAAUUUCGGCAGCGUCACAGUUAUGUCUCCAGAGAAACUGUUAGAGUUUGCUUGGGGUUUGGCAAAUAGCAAGCAACCCUUUUUGUGGAUCAUUAGGCCCGAUCUUGUCAUUGGCGGCUCGGUAGUUUUCUCAUCAGAGAUUGUAAAUGGAAUUUCAGAUAGAGGCCUAAUCGUGAACUGGUGUCCUCAAGAGCAAGUACUGAACCACCCUUCAAUCGGUGGAUUCUUGACUCAUUGCGGAUGGAACUCAACCACUGAAAGCAUAUGCGCUGGAGUGCCAAUGUUGUGUUGGCCAUUCUUUGGUGAUCAGCUAGCAAAUUGUAGAUUUAUUUGCAAUGAAUGGGAGAUUGGACUUGAAAUCGAUAAAGAUGUGAAGAGAGAUGAGGUGGAGAAGCUAGUCAAUGAAUUGAUGGUUGGAGAGAAUGGAAAGAAGAUGAGGGAAAAGAUCAUGGAGUUCAAGAAGAAGGUGGAGGAGGAUACCAGACCUGGAGGUGUUUCAUACAAGAACUUGGACAAAGUCAUUAAGGAUGUCUUGCUUAAAAAAAUAUUAAAGUGAUCUUUUCUUUUAGAAAUCAUUUCUUUGAUAAGCAAAAAUAAUAUCAUUUCUUUGAACACCUUUGAUUAUUUUUAGAAUUAAUUAAGGCUCAUCCAUUUCUGUUAUUUUAAUUUUUUGUAUCACCCAUCUUAGGUCAACCUGCCCUUUUGUGUGAGUUUACUGGGUUAGGUUUAUGUCCCCCAAUUUUUUAUGUAUUUUUUCCCUUUUAUUAAUAAUAUA